AUGAAGCUCUCCAUCGUCGGCCUCACCCUCGGGCUCGCUGCCUCCGCUGCUGCCUCCCAGCUCGUUGGCACUGGCGUCACCACCAGCGACCCGCUCCAGACCUUGUCCUCCACCGCCCUGGGGGGCGUAGCCACCGUCUCCGCGCCCUACGCCGGCAACGGCACCACCACAAUCAGCUCCAGCGCCUCCUCCACCGCCAAGACCACCAAGACCACCAAGACUGCCAAGUCUUCCGGCACCUCGUCCGCUACCACCUCCAAGUCGUCCAGCGUGGCCACGUCGGGCGCCGAGGCGCUGGAGCGGCCCGCCAUGGCCCUCGUGGCCGUCCUCGCCCUGGGACUCUCCCUGGCCUAA